CUGCUGCGUUCCAGUCGGACACAUUUCCUGGCGGGAACAACAAAAGCGAUCCAAGGAAUUUAUUUUCUAUUUCAACUAUAAUUUGUUCUCAGUCUCUCAUUAAUUACACAAAUGGCUGAGGAGGAAGAUGAUUAUAUGUCUGACGCUUUCCUGAACCAAAUCCCAGAUGUUCGGCCUGGCGUCCCGAUGGUGAAGCGUCUGAAGGAAACCAUAAAAAAGGAGGCUCUACAGAAGGAGAAAAAUGUACAGAACCGGCAGAAGAGCUACAAAGAGCAGGAGCAAGAGAGUCGGGAGACCGCGCUGCAGAGCUCCAUAAGCAGCCAAAAUAAAGGCUUUGCAUUACUGCAAAAGAUGGGAUAUAAAGCAGGACAAGGCCUGGGAAAACAGGGUGCUGGACGGGUCGAGCCGGUUCCUCUGAACAUCAAAACAGACAGAGGAGGCAUUGGAAUGGAAGAAGUCAAGAAGAGGAAAGCAGACGAGGAGCUUCAGAAUUACAGGAGAAAAGUGCAAAUGAAACAACAGGUGGAGAAGAAAUCAUUAGAGGAUUUCAGAGUGCGUAUGAGAACCGAAAGAGAAGAGCGUCAAAUACAGGGCGACCUGUGGAAGAGCCAGCGGGCCUGUGAGCAGCUCGACAGCCAGAAGGGCAUCACUGUUCCCAGAGACAGCUGGUACUGGCCUGAAGCUGUGAAAGAGGAAGAGGAAGAGCUUCUGGAGGAAGAAACCAAAUCAGAGGGAAGUGACAACGAGGAGGAGGAGCUAACCCCUUUAGACAAGCUGCAGUUUCUCACCUCGUAUCUGCGAGGAUUUCAUGUUUACUGCAUAUGGUGUGGGACGGCAUUUAAUGAUGAGGAGGAUUUGAGCUCGAACUGUCCUGGAGACACCGCAGCAGAUCAUGACGACUAGAUCCACCUGGAAUCAUCCGGAGCACUUGUUUUUAAUUUGCUUCUCAUGUUUCUGCAUAGCUGUGUUUAAUAUUUAUGUUCUCAUAUUCGUUCAUUAAAUGUUGCAUUGAUUGUUUUAUU